UACGUUACAGUAGAAUACUCAAAAUUGCUGCAGCUGCAUCCUAUUAAGUGUAGGAUGUGGUCGGCAAGGUGGAGGGAGGCUAUCGAUAACUUUUACAAUUGAAUGGGCAGGCUAACUAAUUACCCCUGUUGUUAACUGUUUAUAGUGUAAGCAUGUUACUUCAAGAAGGUGUAUUAGGCCUAUAACGUUUAUGUCAUAAAUUGUGAAAUUAGUUUAGCAUACUCGAAGUGCAAAGACAACAAAAUAUGGCGGAUGGUUCAAGUUGAAGCCUGCCCUCAAUGUCUGACUUCAUCACCAUAUUUUUCUCAAGAUCUUAAUUUAACCUCUUCCACCUCUAAACUUUAACGCUUUAACGCGAAUUUGGUUCAGUUUAAGGACAUAUUUAAUGUGUACGGUGAACCAAAGUUGACCAUACAAUUUUGUGUUGAGCUUGUUAAUAUUCACAUACUUAAUUACUGGCCAGUCAUGCCCUUUAAAGGAAUAUGGGACUUGCAGAUAUCAGCAGGCAAGAUGAACCAGGAAGACGUUUUGGCAAAGCUGAAGAAGGAUGUUCGCUCCUUACUCAUUUCAUCUAAGAUGGGUUUGGACCCUGACCAGCUCAGGCGGGACUAUGUUGGCAUGUUGGGACACCCCAUGCCCCUGAAACUCCUUGGCUUCAGAAACAUCCUGGAUAUGGUGAAGGAGAUGCCCGACGUGGUGUCAGUUCACCUCAGAGCAGAUGGCAGCACAGUCUUAAAGGCUGUUAGUGACGAGUCCACCCGAAACAUAGAGGAUCUGGUAGCCAAGCAGCGCAUAUCUAAGGCCGACAAGAAGACCAGGCGGGGAGGUGUCAACUACUUCUCGCCCCGCUUCUCUCACUUUUCACCCUCUCUGAUCCUUCCCAGACGAGGCCGUGCUCCUCCAGCCCUCCCUGCCCAGCUGAGAGCACAGCUGCGCCUCUUGCUCUCCCAGGGCCCUCUCAGGUUGUCUGACCUGGAGGCUUGCUUCCUUCGCUGCUUCGGCCACCCACUGCGUGUACACAACUAUGGCUUCUUCUCCACUGGAGAGAUGCUGGAAGCAGCAGCGGACCUGGUCCUUAUCCAGCAGAGCAGACUUGGCUCAAUUCUGACCCUGAGGGAGCACAUGCUGCCCAGGCCCCUGCUCAGACUGUCCAACACACCACGGAGGACUGGACCAAUAAAGCCUGUAUCAACCAGAACUGACAAGUCAGCCUCCAAAGGACCAGACACCAGAGCUCAGACAUCAACAAAACCCCAAGCUGAAGUCCCAGUGAAGCAGAAUCCUCUGAGUGAACCCACUAUAAAGACAACAUUGGGCCCUCUCCAGAAAGAGCCAGCAUUUAUUGUCAGUAGUGAGCCAGAGAUGGUUGAGAAGAAGCAUGAAGCAGAACCAGAGCUCUGCCAGGAACGUCAGCUCUUUCAGAAACGUGUCCUGAAGCUGGAGGAGGAGCUUCGCCAGCAAAUCCUUGAGAAUGGAGUUGCUGGCACCAUUAGUCAGGAGCUGAAAGACAAGUUACGAAAGGUUGUAGGUCAAACCAGUGGUGGAUUAUCGGUGCACGAUCUGCCUGCAGAGUACAAGAGGCUUUUUGGCGAGGAGCUGCCGCUACUACAGAGCGGUUUUGUCAGUGUCACUGAAAUGGUCGGUGCCAUGAAUGACAUCUUUCACCUGAAACCUGCAGGGGAUAACGAUGGCCACCACUGGAUAGUCAUGGACCUACAGGACAGUGACAGAUCGCAAACAGAUUCAGGGGAGUCUGUGAGUUUUGGUGAUCGUGUGAAGAUGCCAAUUAUGAGCUACUACUUUAGCUGCGGAGAGUCUUCUUGGGAAGACAAACUGGAAGGAGACGAUGAUGAUAAUGUCUCAGCAGUUGACCAGAAUGAGGAGCUAGAGACCAGUAGCAAUUCCAAGUCCCAAGAAAUGAUGUCUGAGAUGUAUCCUGCCAUUCAGGUACAUUGCAGCUCUGCUGUGCCUCUGGACGCCCUGCAGAGUCAGCGUCUUAAACCGCCGACCCGGCGUUGUGCUCGGGAGUUGGUAGAGGUCCUGGUGGGACAGGUGGAGUCCCCAGGACAUUUCUACAUCCGCUUCAGUGAGAGUGAGGAGGCACGAGCUAUGGAGGACAUGAUGAUUGAGAUGAGACGAUGUUACACCUGUCCUGAAGUGUCAGAGCGCUACCGCCUCCCUGAGCAAUUUGUCAGACGGGGUCAGGUCUGCUGCGUGUCACCCAAGGGAAUGUGGUUCUACCGGGUGGUGAUCCACCAGGUCAUCAGCUCCACUCAGGUCGAGGUGUACUAUGUCGAUUUCGGCGAUAUCACCGUGGUGCACAGCGCCAACCUCAAGUUCCUCAAGUCAUGUUAUUCGAUUCUCCCAGCACAAGCUGUCCCGUCAUCACUCGCUGGAAUUAAACCUACCACUGGCAGCUGGACUGCUGAGGCCUCAGCUUCUUUCCAGAAGUUGUGCUCUGACCGCACCCUGGUGGGUGCUCUGGAUUGUUACACUGGAGACACACUACAUGUCUACCUGUGUGAUACACACACCGAUAACGACAUCUACAUCCACACUGUCCUGCUGAGCCAGGGCCACGGGACAGCCUGCAGCCCCUUGGCCAGUGCAGCGCUGUGUGUUAAGGUCAACCCAGUGAGUCUCUACCUGGGGGAGGGGAUGGUUGACCUGCCAGAGGUAGAAGGAGAGACCACUUCCUGUCCCAAGCCAGCAGUAGACAAACAUGAACAGUCCAUGUCAGCCACACUGAAGGAAACAGGAAGUUUCUUGAUGUGUCAGGUUGAAGAGGAAGAGGUGCCGGCUCUGGAGUUCAUUGAGGACAAAGAGGUCAGCUCCCACAUCCAGGGUAAGGACGCCAACCCCUUCAGUGCUCUGCUACAUGACCAAACCCUCAGUUGUAGUGAAUUGGACUGGGCCUUGAACCACCCUACCAGUCCCACCUCCAGCCCUCUUGCCCCUCCAGAUCUGAUCCAGACCAAGCAAAUCCCCGCUCACUGUAAAGCUGAUCUUGAAACAUUGAGCUUGACCCCUCCACCAACUUCAUGCAGCACUGAUUCCUGCAGUCCAACACCCAAAGAGGCGCAGCACAGGCCCAUGGUCACUUCCACUUCCUUGGUCAAGCCACCUCCAAUCCUGAGGACCCUGAGCCUUCACACCCCUGACCUGGGGCAAAUCCAGGACUGUUCUCAUGGUACGUUCACACACACACAUGCACGUGUACCGGUUUCUCCGCUCCACCUGCGAAACUCGGGCAUCUUGUUUCCUCUGUUUGGGGCCAGGUAGUUCAUGACCCCUACAUCCACACUAAAUCAACCCCCAACCGCCUGAAUGAAUCAAAACACAAAGGAGGGAAUAUCUAUUCUUUAACAACUACAUUACUGAUGACAUAUCUGGACAGUCUGUGAGAAUCCAGUUUUUGAGAAAUCAUUUUUGUCAACAAGGACUUGAGUUAUGUACUGACUUAAAGGGGCUAAAAACAUUUUUAUAAGGAGUUGAUUUUCAUGUCAUUUUAAUAUAAUGUAGAUUAUUUACAUAGUAUGUUAGGCUGUGUUUGAUAUUGGUGUCAUUAUAGCACUUUCCCCAAAGUUUGGUCUUGGACGACUCAGAAAUAUAAGAAAUGGAUGGCUGUUCUUUUUUAAAUGUGAGUAACUUUGUGAAUGCUUUUUGUUUUAAGGAACUUUUUUUCUUUGGAUGUAGCAUCUUAUCAUUUUCUCAGAAGCCAUCAAGAUGUCUAUGAUGUGUUAAAUAGUUUCAUUUCCUUAUACAUGUUAAUAUUGCUGUUCUGGACAGGGUUAAAACAUUUCAAAAACUGUUAUAACGUGCAAGUCAUGACAAAUGUAAUUUCAUUUCAAAAAAUAAAUAUUAUUUGAUAAAAUGUUUUGGUAUUUCAA